AUGCAAGUCUCGGACCAGGAACAAAGCUCCCGGGAGCUGGAUUUAGAGGAGAUAACUAGGAAAAUUUCAUUUCUUGACAAAUGGAGGGAGAUCUUUAGUUACCGUGGGUUGGGAACCAAUAAUGCAACUCCUCAGAAUCAUGACGGCAACCACGUAUCAGCUGAUGAAACUGAAAAUGCAACAGGGAUACCUCAGCCCAGGGGACAAGGACAUUUGCCAUCCAGUAGCCUUUGUUCUAUCCCCAAACCCUCUAUCAUCUCUUCAAAAUCAGCCGGCUCUCCUAUCUCCCUGGCAAUGGCCACGAAGUUACGGCAGAGCCUCUUUGGAAAUACUGUCCAUGUCUUCAGCUAUGACUGGAAAAAGGCCUAUUUCAGGUUCCACGAUCCUUUUUCUGACCUGGCUUUCACUUUGGAAGUGGGAAAGGGAGGUGCCCGAAGCAUUCAGAUGGCAGUUCAAGGAUUCAUCAUCAAAGACUUGUUGUUUACCAGGAAGGGAAAGGACUGUAACUUUCACAGUUUGUGUGCAGUCAGCAAACAGGAGCAAGAGCAGGCCCUGGCUGCGGCACUGGCUGGCAUCCUGUGGGCGGCAGGAGCAGCUGAGAAGGCCACCGUCUGUCUUGUCACUGCACACACUUAUGUCACCUCCAGUCCUGACUACUCGGGCGAUGAUUUCACCGAGCGGCUCCAGCUGUUUGAACUUUUAGAGAAAGAAGCCACUGAGAAAUUCAUCUAUGAUCAUUUACAAUGUUUCAAAGAGGAAGGAGGCCAUGGUGUCAUCUUGUUUCUUUACAGCCUGAUCUUCUCCAGAACAUUUGAAAGGCUUCAGAAGGACCUAGAUGCUUCCAGCACUCAUCUGUUACAACCACAUGCUGGGGGCUUCCUGUGCAGGCAGGCAGUUUUGAACAUGAUUUUAACUGGAAGAGCGAGUCCGAAUGUCUUCAAUGGCUGUCAGAAAGGAAAGUCUCAAGAAAUAUUGCACGGGGUCCUGACCCGCAGUGACGUUGGAUAUUUGUGGUGGGGUAAGGACACCUCAGAGGAUGACAGGCUUUCACAGGUGGGCAGCAGGCUGAAGACUCCCAAAUUACCUAUUUGGCUAUGCAGCAUUAAUGGAAAUUCCAGUGUCCUUUUUAGCACAAACAGGCAGCUCUUAUCAGACUGGAAAGUGGAGCGUCGCUUUGAUCUGUACUUUUACGGAGGCCAGCCCCCACAGAAGAAGCCUGUGCAGCUUACAGUAGAUACUCACUCCCAUCACUGGGAAAGAAACCAACUUGGAGAUGGACAUGUAGCAGGAAGACGGUUUUCUCCAGUGGAGAUGCUAAUCAGAACCAAGUGGAGAGAAGCCACCAUCAACUGGAAUGGAACCAUUCCCUUUUUCUAAAAAGAAAGCCAGUAUGCACAAUGAUGUCUGAGGUGUCAGAACUGCUGUCAUAAAAGCCUAAUAUGGGAGAAGACCGUUUCCCUUCUACGGUCCUCAUUCAUGGGAACCCCACUGAAAAACCCCAUCAGCAACUUUUUCUCUCUUUUUUUCUUUUUUUGUGCCUCUGUUAAGCCCUCUGCAGUUGCUUUCAAUGCUAUAGAACAACAAGAUCUGCAAGGUGUCUUCUCUAUACUUGCAUAGACGGGCUCCUUCAUUUUAUUCAAUAGAGCAAAUGAAGUGUCUCUCCUCUAUGUUAUUUUCAAAUUAGCCUUUUGUUGGUGCGAUUCUCCCCGAGGAUUAUGGAAGCAGGCAGCUAGCUUUCAUUUGGGGAUGAAGUCAUCAGUAAUGCAUCAUCAGGUUUUUAGUUAUGGCAAGAACUCAAGCCUUCUCAAAGACUUCCUGGUAUGGAGAGCAUUCCUUCCCAAGGUUACAUUUCACAUGCCCACAUUAGCAAGUUCUGGUCAUUAAAAUAGUAAAUGGGAUUUUUGGGGCUUGAAGCAGGGACUAUUCCUGGUAGUCUGGCAGCUAUAACAGUUGACUUACGGGUUCAAGCAGUCAAGCCGAACACACAGAAGAAGACAUUAUUUCUACCAGUGCUAUGCUUCUUUUCUUUAAAAGCUAAACAUAAAUAUAUAGACAGACAAAUAGAUAAACUUAGAAAGAAGACUUAUUCCUAGAUAAAAUGUAAUUACAUAUAAAAA